CGACGCGGAGCACGCCCUACAUAAUCGCGUUCAUCUAUACUCUCCACACAAUGCGCGCGUCCAUGGCAGCAUCCAGGCAGUCUCAAGCACCGGGCGCGAUUGCGAGUGCGGCUGCCACUGCGAAAUUGCUGGAGAAGAAGAAAGAAUAUGAAGCAGUGGCUGCCCUGGAGAGAGCCAGCGCGCAGUUCUUGAAGCGCAUCGAGGAUAUCGGGGAGGACUUUGACGUGAUCGCGGAUGCAGGCAUAGUACACGGCCAGGUUCUAGAGCAGUGGCCGAACAUGUUCCGCAUCCUGAGCCUCUUUCUGUCGCAACGGGAGCAACACACAGAAGACGAGAGCGCGCCAGCUCCAGCGGCCGGGGAGCGGCUGGUUCGUGUACCCAUAGAAGAACUACGACAAACGGAAUCAAAAGCCACAUGA